AUGGCCGCAGAUGUGCUGGAGCAGACGAGGGGGGAACAGAAGCACGACAUCGUCCACAUGCUGAUCAUGCGCAACAACUCCUUCGUCACGGUGACGGACGCGAAGGGGAACAAGAAGCUCGGGGCCUCCGCCGGAUCCCUGGACCAGGGAAAGUCCUCCCGCUACGCCUGCGAUGCCACCGCCGAGCACGUGGCCCGUACGGCGGUCAACCUGGGGCCGGCCGUGAUCAAGGUCAAGGGAUCCGCCUUCUUCAAGAAGAAGAAGGAGGCAAUCUUGGGGUGGAAGGAGGGCUCAAGCUAUGGCGACCAGUCACGGAUCGUCCAGCUCCAGGACGUCACUCGCCUCGCCCACAACGGAUGUCGCCGCCGCAAGCAGCGCCGCAUUUGA